CUUUGCCAGUAAGCAAACUGGCGCUUUAAAACGCGGUCUUUUCCAGCGAAGCGUACGCCGCGCGAUCUCCCUUCCUCAGGACGUCGGGUAGAUCGAGCACUCCAUCAACCAGCCAUCUCCUUCCCAACUCAGCGUGGCAGCAUCGUAUUCCUCCCACCUUUCUCCAAUCCCAACCCGACCACUCCGCCGAUCUCCCGAUGCGCAACUCCGCCGCCGCCGCCCAGCCCCCGCUUCCCUCGGCCGCCAUGUACGGCGCCGCCUACGCCGCGCCCGCCUCUUCCGGCGCCGGCGGAUACGUCUACCCCGCGCCCGCCUCUUCCGCGGCCUCCACCGGCGGCUACGCCAAGAUCCCCAACUACCCCUCGCCCCCGUCGUCCUACCCCAACCCGAGCCCUAUCCCGCCGCAGGCCCCGGCCCCGAUCCAUGACCCCACGGCGCCGCCGUCCCCGCUCUCCAAGGCGGCCGAGCUCGUCACGCGGUUCCGCGAGCAGGGCCAGGCGCUCAUCGCCGCGCGCCGGCCCUGGGCUGAGGUCUUCCGCGCGCCGGCCUUCUCCAAGCCUCCUUCCCUCGGCGAGGCCCUCGCCCGGAUGCGCCGCAACAGCGCCUACUUCCGCGCCAACUACGCGCUCGCGGUCCUCGCCGUCGUGGCGGCCUCGCUGCUCUGGCACCCGGGCACGCUCUUCGCGCUCCUCGCGCUCUGCGCCGCCUGGUUCUUCCUCUACUUCGCGCGCCCUGCCCAGGGUGGGCAGCCGCUCAGGAUCUUCGGGAUGGAGUUCGACGACGGCACCGUCCUCGCCGCGCUCUGCGGGGUCACCGUCGUCGCCAUGCUCUUCACCGGCGUGGGGUGGAACGUCGUCGGCUCCGUCAUGAUCGGCGGUGCGCUCGUCGGCGCGCACGGCGCGCUGCGGUCCACCGACGACCUCUUCUUGACGGAGCAGGAGGCGGCCGGGGACGGGCUGGUGGCCGCCGGCAUUAGUGCCGCCGGGCCCAUCUUGCCCACCUAUACCCGCAUUGGUUGAUCUCUUGGAUGGCCGUGGUACCAUGGUUUCCAAGAUGCAAUCUCUUACAGCAUUCUUGAUGUUCUUGCUUGCAAGUGAAUUUUCUCUGUAAUUACCCGACUUGGCAGUUGGAUUUGAUCACGAUGCCUUUAUGCAUAUUAUCUAUCGGUUGUUUCCGGGGCUUGUAAAAAUGCUACUAGUUUGGAUAGGUCAUCUUAGAUUUUUUAUGAAAACGCUUGCAAUCAUACUAUGAACAUAUUAAUUUACAGCUGGAUUGAGUUGAUGAUUGGUACGGGGUGGUGUUCAUAUGUAAA